AUGGUGAUGGAAUUAAAAAAUGGUAGCUUAAGACAACAUUUAAAUAACAACUUUAUUUCACUGGAUUGGGAUCAAAAGUUGUGGAGUUUAUAUUGUAUUGCACUUGGUCUUAGAGAUAUUCAUAAAAAAGGAUUAAUUCAUCAAGAUUUUCAUUGUGGAAAUAUAUUAAGUGAUUUUAAUAAAGAAGCUUUUAUUACUGACUUGGGAUUAUGUCAACCAGCAAAUGUCAAAUCCUCUCAAAAUAAUAAUAAAAAAAUAUAUGGUGUAUUACCUUAUGUAGCUCCAGAAGUUUUAAGAGGAAAAGAAUAUACUCAAAAAAGUGAUAUUUAUGGAUUUGGAAUUAUUGCAUAUGAAAUUUGUACAG